GAAGAGAAAGAAAAGCUAGAUUUACUUUGCACAAAACUAGUUCAGGAACUGAAGUUAAUCAGUAACACAAGCUCUUUUCCUUGGGAUUGUAAAUUUUUUUUCUUUCAGCUCAGAUUAUUGCUCUGUGAUUAUAUUUGCUUAUUUCAACAAGUCAGCCAAGAUUUCUUUUGAUUCGUGUGCCAGUAGUUUCAUACUUGGAAGAAGCACAGUCAUGGCUCAGGCAGGAAUGCAAGAACUUCUUAAGAAGACAUUGGCAGAAAAUAAAGAUAUUGUGCCUUCAGAUCCACUGUUUUUGCAUAAUGGAGAGUUGUAUCCUACUAUGAUUUGUUGCCCAGAAACAUUGAAGAUUCUUGACACCUUUGAAACCAGGAGUGAUGAUGUGAUUUUAGUGGGAUACCCCAAAACGGGUACCAAUUGGGUUGGCCAGAUUUUAGUUGAGUUGGAAGCUGCAUCUGGCAAAUAUGACGAAGAAGAAAGAAGAAAGCGGAGCAUGCGGCAAAGAGAGCGAGAAUUAUCACUAUUCCCAUACUUAGAAUUUGGAGAUCCAGCAAAAUUUGAGAGGAUGAAGCAACUACCUUCCAGAAGGGUGAUAAAAACACAUCUCGCGCCUCAAAGACUACCCAAAUCAAUUUUCCAAAAGAAGGCAAAGAUACUGGUUUUGUUUCGGAAUCCAAAGGACACAGCUGUCUCUUACUUGCAUUUUGCAAAUGGCCUGAAGUUGCUUCCAACCCCAAAAACCUGGGAUGAGUUCUUUUCAGACUUUAUUAAAGGAAAAGUGCCCUGGGGUCUUUAUUUGGACCAUAUUAUUGAAUGGAACAAGUAUCUGGAUGACAAAAAUGUGAUGUUUAUUACCUAUGAGCAAAUAAAAGAGAAUGCAGCUCUGGAAAUUAAAAGAAUGGCUGAAUUCUUUGAUUUUACUGUGAACGAACAAGAGAUUCAGUCCAUUGUGGAGAAAACUAGUUUUAAAACCAUGAAAGAUGAAGCUUCAGAAACUAAUGAAGGAAUUGGCAAGUUUCUUUUCCGUAAAGGUGUUGUGGGUGACUGGAAGAAUGUCUUCUCAGAAGACCAAAAUAAAGAAAUGGAUAGAAAAUUCGAAGAGAGUGUUGCGAAGACAAAGCUUGGAAUGAUGAUGAAGUAUGAUGUGUACUGUCAGUACUGAAUGCAACAGUGAUAUAGAUUUCUCAUGGCAGGAUGGUAAUAGAUUAAUUUGAAUCAAUCAGAAUCGGUGUGUGUGUGUGUGUGUGUGUGUUUGCAUUUAAUUUUUUAUGUGUGUGAUUUCUUAUAUUAAGAUUGUGUUUGGCUAUCAACAGUAAUCAAACCUGAACCAGUUUUGCUGAGUACAAUUUUUUUCUAGCAUAUCACCUCUUUUUACAUUGUUAAUUCAAUGUAGUUUUUCAUGUAGUUAAUUCAAUGUAGUUGAAGAUUUUUCAAAUUUUAAUAAAUGUUCUACCUUCAUAACAACAAUCACCUGACAACCUUAUGAACUAUG